ACUCCACUCUGCCUUAUCUACACAAGUCCGGGCUUUUGCCCUCUUCUUCCAUCCAUCACCCCAAAAAAAUGAUUAAUAUGCAGCCGCUGAUUUCAUCGCCAUGCCCUUCCUCACUGCUUGAUUUCUCUCGAAGCUGAACUGCAAUGGUUCCAUCCCUCCUCUUCGCCCUUCUUCUACUCGACGCUGCCGCCCCCUCCCCCUCCAUCGCCGUGGAAUCAACACGCUGCGACCGGACUUGCGGAUCCACCACCGUUUUAUACCCCUUCGGCUUCUCCGCCGGAUGCCAGAUUCUCCUCAACUGCUCUGCCUCCGGCGAGGUCCGCCUCGGCACGUACCUCGUCCGGAACGUCACCGCCAGCUCCUUAAUCGUCGACGUGUCGGCCUCCUGCAACCGCUCCAUCAGAGACGCGGCCGUGCUCUUUAGCGACAGGUUGUCCGUGGCGGCGAGCAACGCGUUGUUCCUCCGCAACUGCACUGGAAGCGAGGGGCAGGAGUGCAGCAUCGGCACAGAAAUCAUCUCGAAGCGCCUCAACCAGACGAGCUGCGGCCGUACAGAGGACGACAUCCGGUGCUACUCCAGCGGCCGGACGGAGGGGUUCUACUCCAAGAAGAAUUUCACGGAGAUGGCGAAUCGGUGCAAAUUCCUGUUCACGUCGUUGAGGUACGGCAGGGACGCCUUCAACCAGUCGACGCUCGAGUUCGAGUCGGCCGAGGUAGAGUGGUGGCUCCAAGGAGAUUGCCGGUGCGCAGCCAACGCCAACUGUUACCGCAUAGAUUUGCCGUCUGGGAACGGAACCACCGGGUACCGAUGCAGCUGCAAUGAAGGGUUCACCGGCGACGGUUUCGCCGACGGCGGCGGUUGCGCCGGAGGGCCAAGUGAACUUCAUCAGACCACUCCGACAGGAAAAGAGCAUCUGAACGUUGGGGAAUUGAUAGAAGGCAUCGGAGUAGGCAUCGUAGCUGGAUCUUGUUUAGCUGUCGCCGUGGUGUUGCUCUAUGUGAAAUUAAUUAGAAAAUAAUAGAGGUAGAGAUAUAUAAAAAAAAGAAGAAAGAUAUAAAUAGAUAAAUUAUUCUUCUAUCUAAUUUACCAAAAAAACCAUGCAACAUUAUUUAUAUACAUAUUUGUUA